UCCUCAGAAUUACUCAGGCCUCUGGGCUCGACCGAAAAUUCUCAUGGGACUCGGAGAGGAGCUUUGGGCCGUAUUUAUCUCCCCCGGGUCGGAACUGGGCAGUUCCCCGAGCUGUGCUAGUGAGAAAGAUCCAUAAAAAGUGGCCGACUCUUGCCAACAGGGCUUGGCUAACCAGGCAUUCUUUUCUUGACUCCACCAAGGCGGGGAAAGGGAGGAAACAGCUGGGGCCGGGACCUGUGGCGAAUCUGCAGCCUCUUAGACUUUUGGCCGCGCAAGGAAGGGGCAGGCAAGAGGAGCGAAAGAGCGCGCGUCCCGUCCACCCAUUCGCCCCGCCCGCCUGACGAAUCUGCGCCCGUUCAACGCACCACUCCUCUCCCCGACUCGGGCUGGCCUCCUCCCCUCCGCCCCGCCCCCUUUUCCUCAGGGAUUAGUCGCUGCUUUCGUCGCCGCCGAUUCGUCAACGACCCCAGGCCCGAGCAGCUGGAUAGCCGUGGAGAAACCCACUCUCCGGGGGAUGCGGCCCGUCUCCAGGCUCCCUGGGCCGCAAUUCUCGACCCUUACAGGGCGCCGGCCGAGGCGAAACCGCUAUCCUCGGCACCGUGGGUCUCCCGGUGGCGCCCGUGGCGAAAGUGCGAAUGUGGACACUGUGCCCGCUGGGCCUCGCGCAGUGUAAAUGAGCAAAGAUGGAUCAGGAAGGUGGGGGAGAUGGGCAGAAGGCCCCGAGCUUCCAGUGGAGGAACUACAAGCUCAUCGUGGAUCCUGCCUUGGACCCUGCCCUGCGCAGGCCCUCGCAAAAGGUGUACCGCUACGAUGGAGUCCACUUCAGUGUCAACGACUCAAAGUAUAUACCGGUCGAAGACCUCCAAGACCCCCGUUGCCACGUCAGGUCCAAAAACAGAGACUUUUCCCUCCCAGUCCCUAAAUUUAAGCUGGAUGAGUUCUACAUCGGGCAGAUCCCGCUGAAGGAAGUGACUUUUGCAAGGCUCAACGACAACGUGCGGGAGACUUUCCUGAAGGAUAUGUGCCGGAAGUAUGGCGAGGUGGAGGAGGUAGAGAUCCUUCUUCACCCCCGUACUCGCAAGCACCUGGGCCUGGCCCGCGUGCUCUUCACCAGCACGCGGGGAGCCAAGGAGACGGUCAAGAACCUCCACCUCACCUCGGUCAUGGGCAAUAUCAUCCAUGCGCAGCUCGACAUCAAAGGACAACAACGCAUGAAGUACUAUGAGCUGAUAGUCAAUGGCUCCUACACCCCUCAGACGGUGCCCACAGGGGGCAAGGCCCUGAGUGAGAAGUUCCAGGGCUCCAGUGCAGCCGCCGAGACGACCGAAUCCCGCCGCCGGUCCUCCUCCGACACGGCUGCCUACCCGGCAGGCACCGCUGGGGUGGGCACGCCUGGCAACGGCACCCCUUGCUCCCAGGACACAAGCUUCUCCAGCAGCCGGCAAGACACCCCAUCUUCCUUUGGCCAGUUUACCCCUCAGUCCUCCCAAGGAACCCCGUACACGUCUCGGGGCAGUACCCCCUACUCUCAGGACUCUGCCUACUCCAGCAGCACCACGUCGGCCUCCUUCAAGCCCCGGCGGUCAGAGAACAGCUACCAGGACUCCUUUUCCCGCCGCCACUUCUCUGCGUCUUCGGCCCCCACGACCACCUCUGCCGCCGUCUCUGUCACCACUGCAGCCACCGCCACCUCCUCCACCGCCUCCUCCUCCCUGUCCUCGUCCUCCUCCUCGUCCUCCUCUUCCUCGUCCUCUCAUUUUCGUGGUUCAGACUCAAACUACCCAGCAUAUUACGAAAGCUGGAAUCGCUACCAACGCCAUCCUUCUUUCCCACCCCGCCGGGCAACUCGGGAGGAGGCCCCUGGGGCACCUUUUGCUGAAAAUACCGCCGAACGCUUUCCACCCGCCUACACCUCCUACCUGCCCCCGGAGCCCAGCCGGCCCGCCGACCAGGACUACCGGCCUCCGGCCUCAGAGGCUCCGCCCCCGGAGCCUCCCGAACCUGGUGGAGGCAGCGGCGCUGGGGGGCUCAGCCCUGAGAGAGAAGAAGCCCGGACCUCCCCCCGCCCAGCCUCACCUGCCCGUUCCGGCUCCCCAGCCCCAGAGACCACCAAUGAGAGUGUGCCCUUCGCUCAGCACAGCAGCCUGGAUUCCCGCAUUGAGAUGUUGCUGAAGGAGCAGCGCUCCAAGUUUUCUUUCCUGGCCUCUGACACAGAGGAAGAGGAAGAAAACAGCACCACGGGCCCUGGGGCCAGAGACACGGGGAUGGAGGUGCCGGCGGGGCCAAGUCACGGGCCCUGCACCCCCCCUCCAGCUCCAGCCAGCUUUGAGGACGUGGCCCCUGCAGGGAGUGGGGAACCAGUGGCUGCCCGGGAGUCCCCCAAGGCCAAUGGGCAGAGCCAGGCUUCUCCAUGCUCUUCCGGAGAGGACAUGGAGAUCUCCGAUGACGACAGGGGCGGCUCGCCCCCUCCGGCCCCCACCCCCCCCCAGCAGCCUCCGCCCCCGCCCCCUCCGCCCCCUCCCCCGCCCCCCUACCUGGCUUCCCUUCCCCUUGGUUACCCCCCCCACCAGCCUGCCUACCUCCUCCCACCCCGACCUGAGGGGCCGCCGCCCCCUGAGUACCCGCCGCCUCCACCGCCACCCCCCCACAUCUAUGACUUUGUGAACUCCCUGGAGCUCAUGGACCGACUUGGGGCGCAGUGGGGAGGGAUGCCCAUGUCCUUCCAGAUGCAGACCCAGAUGCUGACUCGGCUCCACCAGCUGCGGCAGGGCAAGGGGCUGGCUGCAGCCUCGACGGGCCCCCCUGGCGGGGCCUUCGGGGAAGCCUUCCUCCCGUUCCCGCCACCCCAAGAGGCGGCCUAUGGCUUACCCUACGCCCUGUACACACAAGGGCAAGAAGGCCGCGGGGCCUACUCCCGGGAGGCGUACCACCUGCCUUUGCCCAUGGCCACCGAGCCCCUGCCCUCGUCCUCAGUCUCAGGAGAGGAGGCCCGGCUGCCCCCCAGGGAGGAAGCCGAGCUGGCAGAGGGCAAGGCCCUGCCGUCGGCCGGCACCGUGGGCCGCGUGCUGGCCACCCUGGUCCAGGAGAUGAAGAGCAUCAUGCAGCGAGACCUCAACCGCAAGAUGGUGGAGAACGUGGCCUUCGGCGCGUUCGACCAGUGGUGGGAGAGCAAGGAGGAAAAGGCCAAGCCGUUCCAGAAUGCAGCCAAACAGCAAGCCAAGGAGGAGGAUAAAGAGAAGACGAAGCUGAAGGAGCCAGGCCUGCUGUCCCUUGUAGACUGGGCGAAGAGCGGGGGGACCACCGGCGUGGAGGCUUUCGCCUUUGGGACAGGCCUGCGAGGGGCCCUGCGGCUGCCGUCCUUCAAGGUGAAGCGAAAAGAGCCUUCAGAAAUUUCAGAGGCCAGUGAGGAGAAGAGGCCCCGACCUUCCACCCCAGCUGAGGAAGAUGAAGAUGAUCCUGAGCGGGAGAAGGAGGCUGGAGAGCCGGGGCGGCCGGGGACCAAACCCCCAAAGCGAGACGAAGAGCGGAGCAAGGCCCAGGGCAAACAGCGCAAGGCCUUCGCUCUGGACAGUGAGGGGGAGGAGGCGUCCCAGGAGUCCUCCUCGGAGAAGGAUGAGGACGAGGAUGAGGAAGAUGAGGAAGAUGAAGAGCGUGAGGAAGCCAUGGAUACUGCGAAGAAGACGACAGAGGCGUCGGAUGGCGAGGACGAGGACAGCGGCUCGUCCUCCAAAUGUUCUCUGUAUGCCGACUCAGAUGGGGACGACGACAGCGCCUCGGACUCCGAGAGUGGCAGCUCGUCCAGCUCCUCCUCUUCCUCCUUGGCAUCCUCGGCGUCAUCUGAAUCCUCUUCUGAAGAAGAGGAGGAGGAAGAGCCGCCAGCAGCCAUCCCCUCGGCAUCCCCACCCCCCAGAGACAGCCCUGCGCCCCUGCCAGCCCCGGUGGAGGAGCCCAGGCCAGAGCGGGUUGUGGGCUCCCCCGUCACGCUGCUCCCCGAGCAGGAGAAGUCUCCAGCAAGGCCUGCAGGAUCUGCGGAGGAGCCAGCUCACCGAGUGCCGCAGCCCCCGCCAGAGCCACCGGCGGGGCCUCCCACCCCUGCCCCCCGCCCUCACGAGCGCCCCUCCUCGCCUAUCCCCCUCCUGCCCCCACCUAAGAAACGCCGGAAAACCGUGUCCUUCUGUGCCGUGGAGGAGGCACCAGCCCCAGAGCCUUCCCCGGCGGCCCCCCUGCAGGUCCGGUCUCCUGGCCCCAGCUCCCGCAAAGUCCCCCGCGGCGUGGAGCGGACCAUUCGCAAUUUGCCCCUGGACCAUGCAUCUCUGGUCAAGAGUUGGCCCGAGGAGGUGUCCCGAGGAGGUCGGAGCCGGGCUGCCGGCCGAGGACGCUCCACUGAGGAAGAAGAGGCCGAGUCGGGGACAGAGGUGGACCUGGCGGUGCUGGCCGACCUGGCUCUGACCCCCGCCCGGCGCAGGCUGGCCGCCCUGCCUGCUGGCGACGACUCGGAGGCCACGGAGACGUCGGACGAGGCCGACCGCCUGGGCCCGCUGCUCAGCCACGUCCUGCUGGAGCACAACUACGCUCUGGCCGUCAAGCCGCCACCGUCCACGCCGGCGCCGCGGCCCCCGGAGCCUGCGCCUGCCCCCGCCGCCCUGUUCAGCUCCCCGGCGGACGAGGUCCUGGAGGCCCCGGAGGUGGUGGUGACCGAGGCAGAGGAGCCGAAGCCGCCGCAGCGCGAGCAGGGGCCGGGCGCGGAGGAGGAGGGCUCCGAGUCGUCCGAGAGCAGCAGCAGCAGCGGCAGCAGCAGCAGCAGCGACGGCGCCAUCCGGCGGCGCAGCCUCCGCUCGCACACGCGCCGCCGCCGCCCGGCCCCGCCCCCGGCCCCGCCCUCCGCCUUCGAGGCUCGCAGCGAGUUUGAGCAGAUGACCAUCCUGUAUGACAUUUGGAACUCGGGCCUGGACCUGGAGGACAUGGGCUACCUGCGGCUCACCUAUGAGCAGCUGCUGCAGCAGACGAGCGGGGCGGACUGGCUCAACGACACCCACUGGGUCCACCACACCAUCACCAACCUGAGCGCUCCCAGACGCCGGCGGCGGCCCCAGGACGGGCCCCGGGAGCACCAGACGGGCUCGGCCCGCAGCGAAGGCUACUACCCCAUCAGCAAGAAGGAAAAGGACCGGUACCUGGACGUGUGCCCCGUCUCAGCCCGGCAGCUGGAAGGGGCGGACACUCAGGGGACUAACCGGGUGCUCUCCGAGCGCCGGUCUGAGCAGCGGCGGCUGCUGAGUGCCAUCGGCACUUCUGCCAUCGUGGACAGCGAUCUGCUGAAGCUGAACCAGCUCAAGUUCCGGAAGAAGAAGCUCCGAUUCGGCCGGAGCCGGAUCCACGAGUGGGGCCUGUUUGCCAUGGAGCCCAUUGCAGCAGAUGAGAUGGUCAUCGAGUAUGUGGGUCAGAACAUCCGCCAGAUGGUGGCUGACAUGCGGGAGAAGCGCUACGCGCAGGAGGGCAUUGGCAGCAGCUACCUGUUCCGGGUGGACCACGACACCAUCAUCGAUGCCACCAAGUGUGGCAACCUGGCGAGGUUCAUCAAUCACUGCUGCACGCCCAACUGCUAUGCCAAGGUGAUCACCAUCGAGGCCCAGAAGAAGAUCGUGAUUUACUCCAAGCAGCCCAUCGGCGUGGAUGAGGAGAUCACCUACGAUUACAAGUUCCCGCUGGAGGACAACAAGAUCCCGUGUCUGUGCGGCACCGAGAGCUGCCGCGGUUCCCUCAACUGAGGCGGGCCAACUGGCGCCCACACCCCUAUUUAUUCCCCUUGGUGCCCUGAGCUCCCAGCCCCCCAGCCUUAGUGGGCUCAAGAGGGCCCACAUGCCCCCAACUCUGAAUAUGGAGCGGGGAGCCCUGAGCCUUGCAAGGGAGCCUCAGCCCCUUGAGGCAACUUGUGCCUCCCCUGUCACUCCUCACCCACCCCCUAAUUUUUUUUCUUUGCGGAGAAGAAGCUGUAAAUGUUUUGUAGCUGCCAGCAGCUGUUUCCUGUGGAAACCUGGGGUGCCAGCCUGUACAGAUCCUGUCCUUGGGGGAUGCACACCCCCCUCGCUUUGUGUUAAUGGGGCUUCCCCUUCGUGCCCUGCGUGCACCCCUCCCCAGUUCAGGGGUCUCGAGGGGCAGUGGCCAUGUUCUCCCCCUGGGGGGGGCCUGCGCCCCCCAGUCCUGGGGACUCCGUGCCUGGAACCCUGCCUCAUCGUCUGUUCCUGCCAGGCCCCGUGGGUCACCCUCCCACCCUGGUGUCUGGAGGCUCGCGCAGCCAGGCCGGGCGGUGGAGGGGGCAGGCCCUUUCUGUUGGGCUGGAUUGUACAUAUGUUAAUAGCACAAACCCAAUGCCACAUUUUUAUAAUUGUGAUUAAACUUUAUUGUACAAAA